ACAGAUCCCUUUAAGGAAAAUCAAAGACGGUUAGAGAAAUUAUUUGAUGGCGCGUCCACUCCUGAUUCCUCUGAAGAAACGUUUGUGGAUGAUGUAGAAUAUGGAUCAGAUAAGGAUUACCGACCUUCUGAAAGUGAAUCUUCGAUUUCUAAAGACCCAGUUGGAAGUUAG